AUGUGUGCUUUCGAGGCUGCUCGGGACAAGCUCAUUGCGCGUUGGUUGUUAUUUGUCAACCUGCUGGCCAGCGUCUCGGGUCUUUUUGUGGAAGCAUCUGCCUCGUCCGAUCCGGACUUCUUUAUUAGCCGAGUCGUUGCAACGCACGCGCCUUCAACCUUGCAACGCUAUCUUGACAUGUGGUCCGCCUGGUGUCUGCACUGUGAAAUUCGCCGAUCAUCGGCACACGAUCCGCAACCAGGUGUGUUGCCAGACUGGUUGCGUGCCCGCUCUAGUCCCCAAGGUCUGGCCACCAUGCCCUUUAAGGCGUUGUCUUGGUUUUCUAGAAAGGCUGGUCUGCCGCUCCUCCGCCGCCAGCUUGACGGCGCCAUUGCCCGGGCUUUUCUUUCUCCUUCAAACCCACUCGAGCACCGUGAGAGCCUGCCCUUUUCUUUGAGCUUCACAGCCUGGUUGGAGGGUCGCGUCCUCUGUCCGGAGACACUGCCCGCAGAGACUUACAUGUUGGGGGUUCUGCUCUGCGCGAUUUGGGCCUCGCUCCGCUGGGGCGACCUUCUGUGGGUCCCGCCUGCCCGCUUGCAUUUUCAAGCUCCCUCCGCCGCAUUGGUGGGCAUCUGUGUUCGCACCAAGACCACUAAGUCCGGGAUGCCUUGGGGCAUCUAUUCGCCAGGCCUUUUGGGUUCCGCCACGUCUUCAUGGACGACCCGCUGGUUGUCCGUCGUCAAGCAAGUUCUGGCAGACACCAAGGCCUUGCACCCGCACCGCGUGCUCGAUUUUCUGCCCGCUAUCCUCUCUGCCGAUGCCGCUCACCCGGUUAUUGUCAAGCCGCUCUUCAGGGACCAAGCAGUGCCAUGGAUCCGCAGUCUCCUCUACCACCAUUGGAAUCUACACAGCUCCGAGCCGAUGCCUGCUGCGUUCAACCUAAUAGCUGCUCAUUCUGCUAAGACCACACUGCUUUCUUGGGCCCGCCAGUUGGACAUGCCGGCCGAGCCCAGACGCAUUCAAGGCCAUCACCGCUUGUCCGGCUCGGACAAAUCCGUCGCGCUCUACAGCCGUGAUGAUAUCGGCCCAAUGUUGUGUUGCCAACGCACUGUGAUAUCAUGCAUCCGUGCAGGUUUCCGUCCGCUCCAGCCACUGGCUCGGGGUUCAGACAAUCCGCUUCCGGACUUUCCAACAGAGCUCCCGUCGGCCACUGGUUUGCCGCGUGUCCGCUGGUCUGCUGCAACUGUCGCCUCUCCUCCUACUCAGUCUGCAGGGGAAGGUGAUGACCAUACUGGCCCGCAUUCAGGCACGGCCUUAGGAGUUGCGGGCGGAGAUGCAGGAGACACAGGCAGGCUGGGCGAAGGUGACGCCGGCAGGUUUCCCAAAGCGGCCGCAGAGGCAGUGUCCGAGACUGGACUGACGUCAAGGUCUUGGGUAGCAUCUGAAUCAUCCAGGUGUGCGCACACAGAAUGCACGGGAUCAGCAUCCAGGAUUUGGAAAGGCUGGCCAGAGAGAGGGUGCGCAGGCAGAGAUGCUGGGGCGUCCGGAGGUGGGUGCAGUUGUGACAUAGAAGCACCAACGGACGGCAGGGAAUGUGGCACAACCGGGGGUGGGAUGCAACUUGCGUGGGGGGGGUCCGAAGGUGGGUGCACAGGAGGUAGAGAAGCACCAACGGACAAGUCAGGUGGCACCGGGGGAACGACAGAUGGCACGGGAUGCGUCAACAAGGAAGCCUCGGGGGCGGACACGAGGGUAUCAGCAGGUGGCGGCAACACCGGUGCAGGAGAAGCCGAUUCAUGCUCGUCCAUGGCGAUGAUGGUGUCCUGGCAAGAGCGUAAGGGCAACAAAAACCAAACAGCGGAGGAGCCAGAGCGGAAGAGCCGCGGAGUGCAGGCGGUGACAGGCGGAGCACUGGUGUUCCUUGUGCCCGGACCUCUCGCCGAACAUCACCGGGCGGAAGCAGAGGCCUGUGCAUGUGGGGGCGCGGUCCGGCGAGUCAAAGGCGGAGCAGAUGUGGGUGCAGUAACCGCGGAGGCGGAGGUGGCUGACAGCAUCCGCGGGCGGCUGCAAGCGGACAUACAACCACCGCGGGAUCUCGUCCGGAUGCACGCAAAACAGGUCCGGAUACGGCCACCAGGGCGGGCGGACGACAGUGCAGGCGGAAGCGGGCAAGGCGAUUUGAAAAUCCCACCCCUCAGCGGUGCUCCACGGACCCUGGUUGGGGGAGUCCGUGAAGCCCGGUUCGAAGUUGAGGGCCGCGGGUCGGUGGCGGCAGUGGGGCAAAUGGCCGGCAGGCGGUCGCGGUCAGUGCGGACCACGGAGGCUGGGGAAUCCGCGGGCACGGCACGGUGGCCAAUGUUGGGAUCGAAAUGCAUGUUGUCCUGGCGGAUGGGGCGCGGAGCAACCGGCGUGCGUGCCGGGCGGGUCGAGAAAAGCUCCGGGGUUGCAACAGGGGCAGGCGUGCUGGCAGGCGUGUUGGCCGGCGGUGUUUGGUCAGGCAACGGGCCAGUGUAA